AUGUCAUCGAUACUAAAUAAAUUUAGAAAGCAACCUCAAGAUGAUGUGCCUGCAGGAAUAAAAAUAGAGAAUACUUUAUUUGGAUAGUAAAAUGGAACUUAUCAACCUCCCCUAAUACCAGCUGUUUAAUUACCUCAAACUACUUAACCAAGAUAAAAAGGGAGACCGGGAGGAGGCUGGGAUGAUGAAGAGCCCUAAUAAUAAUAACAAUAAAUAUUGUCAAACAAGCCGACUAAUAAUGUCAAUCUAAUUAAUGAUACUCCACCUAAGUAAAAUGAAAAUAAAGCGAAUAUUGAUGUACUACUGCCACCUUAAUCCUAUAAUAAUAAUAUUUAAUUAAGCAGAGUGACAGAAUAUAAGAAAGGAUAACUAUUAAACUACGAAGAAUUAGAAAUUGGAGGAUUCGAAUUCGAAUUCCAUCAGGUAGAAGAAGCUACUAAAUUAGGUGGAAUUAAAUUGAAAUAAAGUGAUUCCGUUCUUAAGGAAUUCGGAAGAGCUUGUUAGACUUUAUAAGAAUAGUUGAUUGGUAGCAUACUAUUGAAUAAGCUCUAUAGUGAAGAAAAUUGGAAAGUUUAAAUUAGAUGCAUAUAUGCGAUUCAAUUUAUAAGCUAGCAAUAUCAAAACUAUAGAGAAUUCUUUUAAAUUAAUUAGAAUUAUCUAAAAAUUAAUACAGAUUAAUAAGUAUUAUAAUCUGCAAUUGAGUAAACUCUAUUAGAGAUUAAUGGAUAACAAUCAUAAAAGUAAAAGGAAUUUUAAUUUGAAUUUCGUGAACCUCCUAAGUCAUAAUAAAAUGUCGUAUAGUAAUAACCGAAUCUCAUAGAAAUAGGAAUUAAUGAAGUUUAAUAAAAAUAACCAUAGCAAUAAAAACUUGAUUUAAAAUCUCUAAAAAUAAAAUAACCAUAAGCGCAAUAGUAACCUUAAUAAUAGUUAUAAUAAUAAUAGAAUUAAUAAAAAAAUAAACAAAUAGAUUUAUUAGAGGCAUUUAGUGAAAUGUCAAUAUAAAAUUAUGAUUAAAAUCAACACCAAAACUAAUAAUAAUAAUAAUAAUCAUAAUAAUAAUAAUAAUAAUAAUAAUAAUAAUCAUAAUAAUAAUAAUAAUAAUAAUAAUAAUAAUAAUAAUAAUAAUCGUAAUAAUAGGGUAUCAGCUUUGAUGAAAUAUUAAAUACUUAAUCAUAAUCGGGAUAAUAACCAUAAUAAAAAAAGAAUGCUUUUGGAUUUCUCAAAAAGGAUCAGCAAUAGUAAGCUUAUUAAUAGUAGCCUUAAUAAUAGAAGUAAGAAUAAAUUCAAUUAAACGCAUUAUUAUUAUAAGACCCUCAAUAGUUAUACAAAUAAUAACCUGUAAAUCAACAAUAGGUUUAAUAUGGGCAACAAUAGAAUUUAUAUAACUUAUAAUAAUAACCUGUGGGUGGUUAAUUUAAUUAUUCAUAAGCUUUCGCACAAUUUAACAUGCAAUAAUAAUAAUACAACAUUUUUUAACAAACCUAGUUUACAUAAGAAUAACCAAAAUAAAAAUAAUAGCCUAACCCAAAAGAUAAUGCUUUUGAUUUCCUAAAUUUCUGA